AAUGACGAACGAUGCUGAUGUUUAGUUGUCAAAUAAACAAAGUCGUUGGCCGUCUCAUCAUAACGAUCACGCGAUCUCUUGAUCAUUCAUUAUUUUAUUCAAAAUCAUAAGUUAUCCGUUAUUAAAUCGAGGAUUUAUUAUUUAAAUUAAUAAUAUAUAAUGAAACUAAUUAAAUGAUAUAAUAAUUAUUAUAAAUUGUGCGGAAAUAUAUUUAAAAAAUUAAAUUCAAGUGACCGGAAUUAAAUUUAUAACGUUCAUCAACUGCCACAACGGAUGCCGCUUAAUAUAACGAAGAAAAUCUAGUCCUCAGUUUUUUAGUUUUUUUUUUUUUCUAUUUUUUUAAUUUUUAUUUUAACACGUCAAGAUGGUCAAGCAACCUCCGAAGAUGACGAAGCUCGUCGUCUCGGCCAUCAAGAACCUACGCGAUGUCCAGGGGUCCACGACCAAGGACAUUCUCAAUUACGUCAUGAGGGAAUUUAAUUCCGAACCUUCGCUUGAACGUCGAUUACGAACAGCAUUAAAAAGAGGGAUCGACUAUGGAAUAUUAAUAAAAAAAGGCCCACACUAUUUAUUAAACACCGAUCCGGAAAUGACAACAGCGGAUCCAGGACCAAUGGAGAGAGGGGGCCGAAGACGGAAGCGAGGCGGAAAGAAAGGAAAACGUGGCGGAAAGAAAGGAAGACGUGGUCGUGGACGUAGACGUCGCGGAGGCAAACGUAAAGGCCGUGGAAAAUCACGUGGACGCAGGCGACGUAGGAGCCGCAGGAGGCGCGGAGGACGUGGAAAAAAAAUGAGGAAACGCGGUGGCGUUGAUGACAUGGACAUGCUCGCCAAAGAGGCUUUCGAGGCAGCAGGACCCACAGCCAACAGAGCCGACCCCGACGCCGCUGUUGGAGCCACGACAUACGAGCGGCCUCGCAGUCGCAGCAGAUCGCGACAGAGCCGCAGCAGGAGUCGCACUCCCAGCCACAGCAGAUCUUCCGGCAGCAGCGAUCGUGAAGGCGCCGAUGGACGACGACAAGCCGACUGAUUAUUUUUUUAACUAUUUACUUUUUUUAUAACCUGUACAUCCAUUUUUUAUCCACCCACGUCUUUUGACACCUUUUUUACAUCCUCGAUAACGGAACCCUUUUUUAUCACAACAAAUAAAAAAAUUUUCUGUCCCACUUAA